AUGACCUUCAAGGCUAUCCUAUAUGCUUAUGUUCUUGGAGGAUUAACAUUCAUUCCAUUGCUCCUUGCAUCUCUUAUUCUCUUCACCAUCUACACCUCGGUUCCUGUAGGUGACCUGGAUGUUUCCAAGAAGCGCAAGAGCGUCUUGGAGGGGAGAUUACAGGAGGAAGACGCAGACACCGCUCCUGAAUUGGCAGCUCUGACAAUAGGCGACAUCAAUGACCUGCCCAAGACUCGGAAGGGAUGGUUGACGAUGCGGAGGACGUUUGAAGAGUCUGCCUUCGACGGUGGAUAUGUCACGCUUGUCCGGUCAUUCUUGGAUGCUAGAUCCAAGGACCCGAAACGCUCGCGACCCAAAGACAUGUGGUAUGUUGUCUUGAAGGGGAAGAUCCUCUAUCUCUACGAGGAUGAGGGCAUGACGGAAUGCGAGGCGGUGAUUCAAUUGGGAGCACACGACGUCAUCAUCUAUCCAGAAGGCCUUUUGGAUGGCGAAUUGUUUACGAAACGGAAUGCUAUUUGCCUCCAGCCCAAGGGCUCCAACGCAGACAAUGGCAUGCCGAGCGUGACAAAAGCCAUGAAGCUGGACGAAGAUGAUGUAGGAAAGGGAUCGGAGGAUGCAGAGACCAGCACAAAAGCGGUGGAGACAGCGACAGAGGCUGAAAAGCUGAAAACUCUCGCUGCAAAGGAGGAAGCAAUUGAUUCAAAUACCCCUUGGUUCAUCUUCGUUCGAUCCAAUGUUGAGAUGGAGGACUGGUAUCUGUCACUAAUUCACGCGUCGGAUCAUCCUGCACAGACACACCAUCUUUCUCCACUCCAAGCAAUAUUUCUUCCCUCCGACAUGAAUCUUCUUGUCACAACUCUCGAUGAACAGCCCGAUGUGAUUCCCAUGCGUUGGCUCAACGCCCUUGUUGGUCGCAUCUUCUACAGCUUUUACAAGACACACCUUCUCGAGGCGUUUAUCAUUGGGCGUCUCAUGAAGAAGCUGUCAAAGAUCAAAAGGCCCACCUUUCUUGCUGAUAUCGUCGUCACACAGGUGUCCGUAGGAAACGCGGCGCCUACCUUCAGUAAACCCAUGCUCAAAGAACUGACCAAAGAAGGAGACGCGUCUUUGGAGAUUCAUCUGCUAUACAAGGGCGAAGUACGCCUUACUGUUGAAGCCACCGCGAACAUCAAUUUGGGCACAUUCAAGUCCUAUAAUGUCAAGCUCGUUCUGGCGGUCGUCUUGAAGGAGAUAGAGGGAAAUCUACUAUUUAAAGUGAAACGUCCACCAAGCAAUCGCAUAUGGUAUGCCUUCACGCAGAUGCCUCGGAUGGUUUUGGAGGUCGAGCCUAUCGUCAGCGACCGUCAGAUAACAUGGACUAUGGUUCUCAGCACAAUUGAAUCGAGACUUAAGGAAGUCAUACAAGAAAGUGUAGUACUUCCCAACAUGGAUGACAUAGCGUUCUUUGAAAGUCUAUCACAUCAGCAUCGAGGGGGUAUUUGGCCAGAUGCCGCUAGGCGUGUCGGCCCUCAGCGUGUCCCCGAUCAAUCCUCGAAAGACACAGGCACAGGAAAUUGA